CUCUGUAUCUCUUUCAGUCAACAAGAAUAGUUGUUGAAUGUUACUGUCUCUAUAUAUCUGAGAGCCAAUUUUGUAACUUUCUACUCUCACACACUUCGUUCAUUCUGCUGAAAGCUUAUUAUCUCAAGCUUCCUUGCCAAUUAAGCAUGGGACCUGGCGGACCAGGAGGGCCUGGUGGUGGACCCGGUUGGGGGCCAGGAGGACCUGGUGGACCUGGUGGUGGGCCCGGUUGGGGGCCUGGUGGAGGACCGGGUUGGGGGCCUGGGCCGGGAGGACCUGUUUGGGGGCCUGGACCUGGCGGACCUGGAGGCUUUUUUGGUGGAUUUGCUAAUGGUUUAUUUAGCCUCAUAUCUUCCUGCUUCUACUGCUUAUGCUGUUGCUGGUUGGUACAAGAUUGCUUCGGCGGCCCACCACCACCAGGAGGCCCGGGCCCGGGCCCAGGCCCUUUCUAGUACCAGGAUUGAUUAUCAUUAUUAUAUAGUAUUUUUCAACUUUAUUGUCUGCAGUGCUAUGUUAUGCUACUAAUAGUUGAAGGUUCACUCCCUGCUGCCUACCUAGCCAUGUUUGUUAUCUUAGACUAAAAAUUAAAUAAAAUAAUUAGUGGUUGUGUUAA